AUGAUCGCGUCGGGAGGGUUGGGUGCGGGCAUCGCCCGUCGAGGGCUGGGCCCGGAGCAUGCCGACCCAAAGGCAGUGCGCCUGGCGCCUCAUCCCGCCGGCGGGCGCCCGGCGCAUUGCACGCAUCGAUCGCCGCCGGUCGUGCUUCGGCCAGCGCGAUCGAAUCGAUCGAAAUGCCCAAGGGCCGUCGUGCCGGGGCUGGCGCCGGUGGUGACGGAAGCCGAGGAGGCGAGCUGGGCGCGCGAGGGGGACAUGGGGGCCCCCAGGGAUGAGGGAUGGCUUGGGCGGAUCGGGGAUGCACUGGCGCGCUGGGGCGGGGGCCCCGCGCGGCACUACGCCUGCUUCCUGCUCGUUGGGGCUGCCUACCUCGCCGCGUUCAGUGGGCCUGCGUGCGACUGGCUGGCGAGGGCGGUGGUGGACGUGCCGGGACUUCUGUCCAGCGCCGUGCCGGCUGUCUCCAGGGCGCAGUGGCUGGCGGUCAUCACCGACGCGGUCUCCUUCUCGGGCGUCAUUUUCGUCUUCGGAGUCAUGCCCCUCAUGGACCUCAUCUUGGGUAGGGACGCGCGGGAGGCCCCAGAGGGGGCUGCCACAGACCUCGCCUACGACAUUCCCCAGUACCUUCUGGUGCCGUUGCACCUAGGCCUGCUGGCGUGCCUGUGCCUUCGGGCGCCCGCCCUGAUGGCAACGCCGGUCGCCUUCUUGGGCGCGAUGCUCAGCGCCGGGAACGCCGGUGGGCUGGCGGUCACUGCCGCGCACAACCUCCUCCAUUCGACGAAGCCGGUGGACAAGCUCCUGUCUAAAGUGCUCCUGUGGUCCACCUGCUACAUGCACUGGGGUCAGAGCCAUUUAGCGCACCAUGUACAGAUAGGGACUCCACACGAUCCAUCCACAGCAAGAUUUGGAGAGCCCCUGUACUCGUUCCUGCCACGGUGCAUUGUUGGCAAUUUUCAGGACGCCAUUCGUUUGGAGAAGCAGAGGCUGGUAGCAAAGGGCCAGAGCCUCCUCAGCUUCCACAACAGGAUGUUCGCCUGGGUGGUGGCGCCCGCGGUGAUGCUGGCGGCGGGCUGGGCCGUCAGUGGCCCGCCCGGCGUCCUGAUGCUCCUGGGCCAGGCCGUGGUCGCGGUGCUGCUGCUGCACUCCGUGGACUACGUGGAGCACUACGGCCUGCGGCGCGACGCUGGAGACCGCGUGGGCCCCCAGCACUCCUGGAACUCCGACUGGGCGUUCAGCAACCGCGUGUUCUUCAUGCUGCAGAGGCACCCCGAUCACCACCUGCACGCGAGCGUGCCCUACCAGGUGAUGAAGGCGCACGAAGGAUAUCUUUGUUUAUUUGUUUUUUUAUUUGUUUGUUUGCUUGUUUAUUUAUUUAUAAUCAAUUUAUUUAUUUGCUGUUUGUUUGUUUAUUUAUUUGUUGUAGAUCCAGCACAUUGCAUCACAUUAAAUUAG